GGGGAAAAGCAAACCCAGGUCAUGCAAAUCCCUCCCUGGCAUAACCCAGCUGCCUCUCUGCACUGAGAUGCACAGGGACUGCUCACUCUGACUGCAGAGCCCAUCACUCAGGACAAAAGAACAAACAAGCCAGACAGGAUCACCUAAACCCAGCUUUUUAAUUGAAAAGGGGAGACAUAGCAGGUGGUAAUUCCCCUGGCUACCCCAGCAGGCUGGGACAGUGGUGCCUGGUGCUGUGCCCCAGGCAUUGGCUGCACUGGUGUGGUGCUCUGUGCACGCAGCUGGGUUGCUGCAGGAUUUCCAAGGAAAUACGGGAGAGAGGGGCUGGAAAAGCCGCAAUCACUGCUUCUGCACCUCCCAAAAUAAAAUUAUCUUGACUAGGACCAGCUGAAACUGUUUCCUACCAUUGUUAAGGUAAUUGCCUGCAGGAGGGGAGGAAGCCUGGAGCCAGGACAAAGCCGGGAGGGUGCAGUCCACUGAGGGAUGUGGGCAGCAAUUGCUGUGCCCUAGGCUAGAACCAGGGUGUACCUAUGAGACUGACAGAAAGCCACCAAAUCCCCCUGCUCCCACACUAUGACAUCACUGAUCACAUAAGCACCACCCUGGGCUGGCAGAGCAGUGGCACUAGCCCCGUUCUCCCUCGGGCAUGGGCUGCAAGCCCCCAGCCCCACAUAGCACUGCUCAUCCAGUGGGGCAUACCCAGGACCCUCUGAGACUCCAAGCGCUCCCGUCCCAGUGGGCUGCUGCACCAUGUUCCUCUUCUCCAAGAAACACAAGACCCCCGUCAGCACUUACACCGACUCCUACCGCCCGCCAUGCUCUGUCAAAAAGACCAUCCAAGAGCAGGCUCCACAGGAGCUCUGGAAAGAAAACAAGUUUGUUACACAGGGAUUAACGAUGCCCCCUGUGCAAAAUCCGGUGAGCCAAGGUCGGCCCAAGCAGCUGAUUAAGGCGGCAAUGCAGGAGUACUACAGGAACACCAUCGACCCCGCUGCCUAUUGGCCUGAGAAGUACUGGCUGGCCAGGUUCGAAGAGAAGUACAACCCGGUUUUUGUCAACGAGGACAGAUAUGUCACCUGGAGAACAGGUCCCUACAACAGUGCAGCCUGGAAUAAGCACUCCUCUUACCUUCCCCUCCUGCCCAAGGUGACAAGGAUGGAGACCUUCCUGCACAGUAUACCAGUUCCAUACCCCCCAAAACCCAUCUGCCUCAAUCAGUUUGAGCAGGAGGUGAUCACCAACAUGCUGCACAGGCUGCCCGUGUACACUGUGACAGGGAGGGGACCCUUCCAGGGCUACUACAGCCCCUGCUCUGGGCACCACUACUGCCUGCGAGGGAUGGACUACUACGUUGAUGGGGGUCCUGCUAUCAGAAGACAUCUCCACACACUAGGAGAGAGGGCUGUAAGGAGUAUACCGUGUUGCAGUUACAGCCCCAGAGCGAUGUUCCAUACAGCUACACAUCGCCCUCAGCCAUCCUCCCCAUACAAGAGCCUUAGGUGGGACACGAGCCACUUCAAGAAGACAGGAGGAGUCCAGAGAGGCAGCUACACCAUCCACCCUGUGUUUAUGUCGGAGGCUUACUCUGCGCCAUGGCACUGGUGAAGAGCAAAGAUGGGCUUUCAUUAAAACUGGCUUGGGCAAC